UGACGUGCCAAAUGCGACGGAAAAGAGGCAGCUGACGUAAAUUAUAAACAACAACAGUCAGCAGCUGGGAUGUUGGUAGGAGGAAGUUUGGUCGUGAAUAAGAAGUCUUGCAGUUUGUGCCCUGAGUUUCUGAGGGAAGAAAAUGAGCAUCAAUAAAGAUUCAGCUCCAGACUUAUAUCGGGAAUGCGUCACCAGCGAUAGAAUCAUCGAAGGAGACGAAACGACACCUUUAAUAACAAAUGGAUCGGUGCAGCCCAGAGCCAAAGGAGCCUCUUUCGCCUCCUCUGUGUUCAACCUGAUGAAUGCCAUCAUGGGCAGUGGCAUUCUGGGUCUAUCUUAUGCCAUGGCUAACACUGGAAUAGUUGGUUUUUCUCUCCUGUUAGUACUAGUGUCCAGCCUGGCAGCGUACUCUAUACAUCUCCUUCUAAAGCUGUGUGGCCAAACAGGUAUCAAUUCAUAUGAAGGUCUUGGAGAGAGAGCCUUGCAAAAACCAGGAAAAAUUCUGGUUGGAAUUACCAUUAUAAUACAAAAUAUUGGAGGCAUGUCAUCGUGUUUGUUCAUCCUGAAGUCGGAGCUUCCUGCAGCCAUCGACAGCCUCCUGAGUCCAGACAGAACAGUACAUGCCUGGUAUGAGCAUGGCAGAUUGCUUCUGAUCAUAGUCACACUGUGUGUUAUUGUACCUCUGGCAAUGCUGCCUAAAAUUGGCUUCCUGGGAUAUACCAGCAGCAUCGCCUUUUUCUUUAUGCUGUAUUUUGUAGUUGUGGUUGUGGUCAAGAAAUGGUCCAUCCCCUGUCCUCUGCCUCACAAUAUGACGCUACUUUCAGGUGCAUUCCAGAUAUCAAAUUCCUCUGACUCAGAUUGUACACCCAAACUCUUUAUCAUCUCCAGUAAGAGCGGCUUCGCCAUCCCCACCAUGGCCUUUUCCUUCCUGUGCCACACCACUGUGCUUCCAAUCUACUGCGAACUGGACCGACCUAGUAAGGCCAGGAUGCAGACCAUUACAAAUGUCAGUAUUAGCCUCAGCUUCACCAUUUACCUCAUUUCUGCGCUCUUUGGAUACCUCAGCUUCUACGCUCAUGUGGACUCUGAGCUGUUGCUCAGUUACGACGCGUUUAUGUCUCGGGACAUCAUGGUGAUGGUGGUUCGCCUGGCCAUCCUGCUCUCUGUGCUGCUGACUGUACCCCUGAUUCACUUUCCUGCCCGCAAGGCUGUGGUGUUGAUGCUGUUUGGAAGUCGGCCCUUCUCCUGGCUGAACCACAUCAUUACAACUCUCACCAUCCUGAGUGUGGGGCUGCUGUUGGCCCUCUUUGUGCCUGACAUCAGAAAUGUGUUUGGAGUAGUGGGAUCGACAACUUCCACCUGCCUGUUGUUUGUUUACCCCGGCAUUUUCUACCUCAAGAUCCACCCAGGACCCCUCAGAUCCUUUGACUCCAUUGGGGCUGUACUUCUGGUGGUCUCUGGUUUCAUUAUGGGCAUCAUCAGCUUCUCCGUCAUUGCCAACACAUGGAUAAAUGACUCCUAACCCCGUCGGGCCCCCUUUACCCAAAUUAAGCGAAGCAAAGAAAGGAGAAUGCGUGCCAAAGAUAGUGAGUAGUGGAUAAAGGAAGGGAACGGACAGAUGCUGAUCAGCAUUACCUCAGGCAGAUUAUUUAUACGUUAACGUUGUUUUUAAUACCAGGCUCGUCAAACAUAGACCAAACUCUGCACAUAUAAGCCCGAACAAAUAAAGGAUUUGAAAUGUUAUAUGUAUUUUUACAUGCUUGCUUUUAGAUUAUGCGCCAAUUCAGGGCAAAUCUUAUUUUUUUUGUAAUCAGCCUUGAACAAAAGAUAGGCCUUUAUUGUGUCAAACCGAUUUAUUUUUUGUAUGUACUUCUUUUUCUUUCUAAGAGCCUGUUGUUCUCUGGGGUGAUUACGCAUCGAAUGUAAACCAUUCUGCUACUACUUUUAAAACGCUGUUGACCAAGUCGUAGCCUUAAUGAAUGUCCCUUUUUCAAGUUUUGUUUAUGGAACAUAUUCACAGUUUUUUUUUCUACACACACAAUCACAAAUGUUCAUUCCAAAAUGUAUUUAAAUGCUUUUUUCCACACUUGUUUCCCCCUCUUUAAACUUGUUUUAUAUCAUUUAAUGAUUGUCUUUGAUUUUCCAAGCCUCAGGUAUGAUUAUGUCUGCUGCUACUUGUAUUCUUUACCUUUUUUGAUGUAUAUGACAAAAAAAACUGUAAAUUCCAAUGUACUGUAUGAGGUUAUUAUGCACAUUUGAAAAAUAUAACUCUUCAGGUUACUGGCAUUCAAUAAAAGGGAAAUUGUUUAUGAACUGA